UCGCUACAUCCGCGUUCCUCAAGCACGCGUGUGACAGAGUGCAGGCAGUAUUGACUCGUUUGUUAUACAGUAAUGGGUAAGAUUAAGAAAGCUCGUAAACGCAAUACGUUUAAUUACAACAAAAACAAAAAGAAGCUGAAGAAAAAGUUAAGAAGAAAGGAGAAACCGCACAUUGAAUGUCCUCAGAUACGUAAAGCAUGGGAUGAACACAAAACGGUAAAGCAAAAUCUACAAGAUAUGGGGCUGGCACCUGGGACCAAGGGUAUGCUUCCUAUUAAACCAAGAAAGAACACAAAAGUUGAACCAAUGGAGACAAAUGUAUUGAAACCAUACGUCAUUGAAGAAAUGGAGGCAGAGGCCAGUGUUCGUGGGAGUGACCGAACCACAUGCUCUACGGACAUGAUUGAAUAUGUUCAACACAUGGUGAAGGAACACAACGAGGAUUACAAGGCGAUGGCAAGGGAUGAGAAGAAUUACUACCAGGACACACCAAAGCAGAUCAAACGGAAAGUUGAAUUAUACAAACGCUGUCAUCCUGAGCAAUAUGCUGCGUUCGUUGCAUCUCUGCAAUCUCAGAAGUCUACAUGAUGCCACAGAAGAACUGGUCUUAAUAUGAUGCCAGAAUAUCACCUUGGCAUAGAUCAAAUUUGCUUUUUCGGGCCUUCAGGAUGAGUGUUUACACAAGAGUCGGUUUUCUUCUCAUGGCGUGUCUUCUCAUGGCGUGUUAACUUUUUAAAAGAUCAUUAGAGCAACUUGUUGAUGUGUAUAUAUGAGCUUUGCAUUUGUAGUUUUAUGUUGUGAAGUGAAAUACAAAAUAACAAAACUGAAAA